AUGGGCAAGAAAGACUACAAAGGAACCAUCCUUGAUGGAAGAGACUCCUUUGACAGCUGGAAGAUGGAUCUUGAAGAUAACUUGUUGAGUGACGAUCUUAUGAGCUGCGUCACCGAACUCAGUCAACCAUCUCACCGAUCCACGAGCAAUUUAUCAAUCCUCGUUAAGCGAUAUGCGACAUCGAACAAAGCGCGCCUUCGACAGCUGAUCCGAAUGCUAUACGACGUUAGUACGCAGACGAAUAGAACUGUGCAGGAGAAGGUCGACGACCUAAAGCGACUUCGAGCUCAGAUUAAUAGCCAAGACAAGGACAUUGUUAUCCAUGAACAGCUAUUGAUUUGCUUCUUGCAAAUGAGCAUGGACGACGCUUUUAACACUACGGUCGAGAUCUUGAACGCCUCGACAGAGACGUUGACAAUGGAAAAGGUGCAGAGCUCUCUGGAAAGCAAAGAGUUGGAGCUCGUCGAUACGACAAUCAAGGGAGAAACCGCACAAUUCGCAGGUCGUGGCCGCAGUGCAUGGAACAAAGGGAACAACAGGUCCAAAGCACAGGAUGGUGGCGAUAAUAGCAAGGAGGAGGUGCUGUUUGGCCACAGACAUAAAAAGGUAUGCCUGAAAGACUACUACAUGCUAGGCUGGGACACCCUGGAAAGCAUAUGGAGGGCAAACUGA